AUCUAACAAACAGACAGUGAUGCAGUCUUUCAGAAUGACAAAACUAAAUGGAGAGGAUAGGGAAAUAAAUAGACAGAUGUAGUUAAGUAUACAGAUAGAAGUAGAGAGACUACAAGAGAGAGGGAUUUUUGACUUUAGGAGGGAGCAGAUGUUGUGUGUUCUGCAAAGAUUCGGGAUGGUCAAGAAACCAGAGCAGAAAAAGGAAGACCAAAGAGAAUAAGAGGCAAAAUUAUUUGAAGUCCAGAAAAUAAGAGACAGCUCAAAACCACAGGCAGAGGACAUCACUGCAAGAAUAAACCAAGACAACGACAACAAUUUGAGAAUUUUCAAAACACUGGUCUCAGAAUGUGGGUGAUUGUGGGCAUGGUCUGUCUCUCUCAGUCCAUUAUGGGUCAGCUACUAGAGGCAAAGUCCAAAGGAGCUUCACCCCAAUUUAUCUGCAGCAUUCCAGGGUUUCCAGGAGCACCGGGAAAGACUGGCCCCCCCGGACCUCGAGGAGAAGACGGACAUGUCGGAAUUCCAGGAAGAGAUGGGAGGGAUGGUCGUAAGGGGGUUAAAGGAGAAAAAGGAGAUCCAGGUCUCGCUCUCCAUUCACAAAUCGGUGCUCGACCACGGCCACACCUCCACAUACCCCCAUCACCCGACUCAGGCUGGGGAUCCAUCCUGCCCGCUACUCACAUUGGUAUCCUUUAUGAGAUGGAGCCACUAGAGCGGGGCGUAGUACGAACAAAUGGUGAAAGCCCAUCUCAGGAGGCAACACCUAAGGGCAUCAGAGGUAGAGUUGGGCCAACUGGAAAGCUUGGGGAGCGUGGAGACAGAGGUUUCCCUGGGAAACGUGGCCCCGAGGGUGAUCCUGGAGAUUCGGGGCCUUCUGGUCCUCUAGGUCCUCUCGGACAGAAGGGAGACAAGGGUCAACGUGGCCCUCCGGGAGCACUGGGCAUCUGCAGGUGUGGAAGUUUAGUUCCCAAAUCUGCCUUCUCUGUAGGCAUCACCAGUAGCUACCCCACUGAGCAAGCACCAAUCAAGUUCAACAAAGUCCUGUUUAAUGAGGGCAGCCACUACAACCCCGAGACGGGUAAAUUCAUCUGUGCAUAUCCAGGAAUCUACUACUUCUCAUAUGACAUCACUCUGGCCAGCAAACACCUGGCAAUUGGAUUGGUCCAGAAUGGACAAUACCGUAUCAAGACGUUUGAUGCCAACACCGGCAACCAUGAUGUGGCAUCUGGCUCAACAGUGAUAUUUUUGAACCCAGAGGAUGAGGUGUGGUUAGAGAUCUUCUACAGGGACCAGAAUGGGCUGUUCGCUGAACCCGGCCGGGCUGACAGUCUCUUCUCUGGGUUUUUACUUUAUGCAGAUACAAAUUAUCUAGAUGCACUGUCAGAAGACUACUAAUAGUAGCAACAAAGACACUCCAAUGCUAAAUUAAAGUUUUCAAAAGAUGUUAAAGUUUUAUUACCUUAUGGCCAAUGACCGAUUUCAUGUCUUAAAGGGGUCAUAUCUUAAGGGAAUCAAAUUUACUAUGAACUCAAAACUCUCUUCACUGUUAAAAAAGUGUAUUUAUCAAAACUAAGCUUCACAAAUGGCUUAUUCUGAAAUCAUUGAGAAAUACAAGUUACACCCACUACAAAUCACUAAUUACAAGUAACUCCCCCUUCAAAAAAACAUUGAAAUACUGAUUUGUCAUAAAAGUUGGCUGCUACAUUCAUACACUAUGUAUGUUUUGUUAUUGGGAAUCCCACAGGAAGCCAACACCUAAACCUAAGCAUAAUCUUAACCCUACUCAUGUAUCUAACUGUAACCACAAAGAUUAAUAAAUGAAAAUUUUGUACAAUUAUAACCAAUCGAAGCAACGUUCUAGUGAUUAAAAGCAUACAGACAUAUCGCUAGGUGGCAGUGGUGAAGAAAAAGCGCUGAAAAUGAUGAGAAGAUUUACUACUGCACUGCAAAAAAUAUAUAUAAAAUAAAAAUAAAACUCUUACUGAGUAUUUUCUCAACUAUUUAUCAGUAAAAUAUCAAAACAUCUUAACAACAAAAAUCAUCCUUGUGAAGCAGAAUUGGUAGUUCUUGUUUUCAGAGAAAUCUGACAAAAUUUUGUGGCGUUUCUUUUUAAGAAAAAAAAAAGAAAAAAACAAUACCAGUGGGGUAAGACAAAAAAAGCUUGUUUCCCAUUUGAAUCAAGUUUUUUUUCUUACCCCACUGGCAAAUAUUUUUUUGUCAUUGUAAGCUUAAACGUUUCUAAAUUUGGUUCAAUUUAUCUGAAAACAAUACAAAAUAUCUUGUUUAAUUUUUCUUCUCUAAAAUCUUGUUUUAACCUCAGGAUUAACCCCCUACAUUUUAAGAAAUUACUGCAAUAAUUAAUCAAUAAUAUUGUAGAUGUUUACUAUUUUAUGAUAAACAUUUAAAAAAAAAAAUUAAUGUCUAAAGUUUAAAAGCAUUCCAUUUCAGUGCUGGGUCCUCAAAUUUCAAGCAAAAAGUCUUAUUUUAUUUCCUUCCAUCACAUUAUACUGAUUUGAAAUGUAGGUGGUGCUCUAAAACAUUUUAGCCCUCACCCAUUGACAGCAAGUCUAUUUUUUUAGUGCUGAAUGCUUUCACACUGUUUUGUUGAAUAUCUUGGCAUUUGAGUGGUCUAGAAGCCCAAUCCGGUGUCACUGGAAGGCAGAAAAUCCCAGCUUUACAAUGAUGUGUAUCAUUUAAUCCUCUAAAUAAAUAUAUAUAUAUAUAUAUAUAUAUAUUUCAUUUAAAUAAUUUAUACAACGUAAACUCUAGGUGGGGCCAAUUUGCGACACAAAUGUUUUCAGGCCUUAUUUUGUUACUUUAUGUAACUAAAUGCAAAAGUUAAGUUCUCUAAAAAGUUCAGAUUCUAAGCUUUCAAAAGAUACCACAAAUGCCUAACUUACGCAUCCCUGGAAUUCAGGGUAUUAAGUGUUAAAACAGCUUGCCAUUUAACGCCUCCCCACAGGCCCGCUGGUGGGCCGUCAGGGUUUAAGAGGUUUUAAGAAUGUUAAAAUAUUUUUAAGUAAACAAGACAAAGCAACACAAGAUAAUGAUUUGUUUGCAGUUUGCGUGUUUAGCAGGCUAAUUGGCUAGCAGUGCGCUAAGAUAAAACAACUCCCACAGUUGGCAUUUUGGAAAACAACCAUGCAUUUAUGCUAUGCUAGAAGGCUUGUGAGAUAACUGGAGAAAAUUUAAAAAUAUAUAUAGAUUAGAUUUAAUAAUGUAAUAUGUGUCAUAUUAUUUCAAAGGUAUUCUUUGUCAUAUUUACAUAAGACAAUAUGAAUCAUACAGCGAUUGCAUAUGACCUUAAAGGUUGUCUCAGGCAAUGUCAUGUAGUUGCGUUUCUUGGGUGGGACUUGGGUUCCUCCCUUUAUACCUGUAUGUCUAGGGGAGGGACAUGCCAAUUUUGUCUGCCAAAUUCUCAUUGGCCUUUUCUCAAGUUCAGAGGUAACCGAGGCCUUCAAGAAAGUCCCCUAGUGUUGCUUCACUCGACACAACAUCGAAGUGAGUGACAGACGGGGAACAUUAUAUUUCUGAUAUCAUAAACCUGAAAAAUUUAAAUGACUAACCACUUUAUAAUAAACUUUAUAAUUUGGUAGAAUCAGAAUAGAUAAGAGUUAACAAUAGUCUGUCAAAUCAUGUGCUGUUCUUGGCUGUGUGUUGCCCCUUUGUCAUACAACAUGCUAAGUUUGUCUUGGCAAACUUUCCCUUUCUAGUUAGGAAUUGAGUAUAUGUCAAAUAUGUUAAAACUACAUCUAAUAUUAAAGAAAUGAAAAGAGUGUAUCUAAAGACCAAUAUAUGUCUAUAUCAUGUCUUGCCAUGUAUAUGUUAGCUCAUGUUAAACAAUGUUUCCUUUAGACCUGUUCAUGCACUGUUUCCAAUCAAGCAAACCCAAAGACUGGAGCAGAAUUUCUCUUGGUUCUGUUUCAUUGUGUUGAAUGAGUCAUUCCAUUCACUGUGUGCCUCUUGUUUUCAGUUUAAUUCUGCAUUUGAGAAUUUAUGUCAUGUCAGAACAGCUCAACCAUCUGGACACAAAUCCUGCAGCUGGAAGGGAAUUUGAUAUCUGUGUGAAAUAUAAACUAUUUUUUGUUUGGAUGUACUGAAUGGUUUCAAGGAAAGAAAACAAUUGCUAUUUGUUUCAAGGCUAAUUUCAAAGUUUUAAUUCAAGUAAACAUGGUGGCAGGACCAAAAUGACCCAUCAUUUUGUACUUUGCGUGUGUGUGUGUGUGUGUGUGUGUGUGUGUGUGUGUGUGUGUGUGUGUGUGUGUGUGUGUGUGUGUGUUUGAGUUGGUUUUUGUGGUUUUCAAGGAAAAAAUUUUAGGUUACACCCCAGUAAUUACAAGGGUAUUAUACAAUAAAUGUGGUUUAUGAGGACACUUCUAGUAUCCUCGUAAUUCAAACGGCUUAAAAAACAUACUAAACAAUGUUUUGUUUUUGUUUUGUUUUUUAUUGCCAAUAGGUUUCUAUGAGGGUUAGGCUUAGCGCAGGGCUGGACUGGACUGGCCAUCGGAAGAACCGAGCAGGCUGGUGGGUCGGCCACAGAAUGGGUCGAAUUGGCCACGAUAAGCUAAAAUUAGCCGCCGUGUUUUGCAGAACGGACUACAAAACGGCGCAGGGAUAUGCAGAUUCUCAUUGCCUUGGUUGAUUUAUUUAUUUGUAUAUGAAGAACAGAUUCUUUAUGAAAAGAUGUAACUGUUCUUGAAGUUACCGUAAUUUCCGGACUAUAAGCCGCAACUUUUUUCCCACGCUUUGAACCUCGCGGCUUAAACAACGAUGCGGCUAAUAUAUGGAUUUUUCCGCUU